AUGCGGAAUUUAAUACAUAAACUUUUAUCUGCAUUUCAAAACUCUAAUGAAUAUAAUCAAUAUCAAAAUCCCUUAUGGAAUACUACUUCACCCAAUCAAUUCACAGCAGCUUCUAUUGCACAUUUAUAUAAUUGUUUCCCUGAUGGAGUUUUAAGAAUAGAAAAUAUAUUCUCACAAGACAUCACUUUAACGCAAAAAACAAAUUUAACCUCCCAAAUAAAUGUUGAAAAUUCAGGAGUCUCUAAUCAAAUUAAUUUUGAAUCUGAACAACAAACACAAAUUGAUUCAAUAAAUAUCAUACCACAAGAGAAUUUAAUAACCGAUAACUUGAAUGAUCAAGAAAGACCAACAACUAAAAAAUUGAGACAAGCUCGACGUGAAACAAAACCUGAAGAAAAAAGAAUUUUAGAACCAUUAAUAAAUUGCUUAGUAUAUCCAACCAUUGAUCAAAUAAAUCAAGUUAAGGAAAUAUUAGGGAAUGAAUGGGAUAAAAAUAGAAUUAGCCAAUAUAUUUCCCGCCAUAGAAAGA